CUCCGGCGCGCUACUAACGUAACAUUAACAGCAGCAGCGCAGGACUCAGACGGGACGGUGGUGCGUUUAAAUGCGGCAGACGCGCUGUGCCGGACUUAAUUCUGCUGGGAACCAGGUCCGAUUACUAUGCGAGGACUAAAAGAGGCCCCUGUCAUGUCAGUUCCUCGCAAGGUGUCAGCCUGAACAGAGGGAGCCUGGAGAGAAGCUGGGUUUCACUGCGCGAGGAGAAAACAAACAGCAUGAGAACAACUAAUAUGUCUGUCGCAGAGGUCUAUUCCGACUCAAGCGUUAGAUAGUGUUUUAUAGUCGUUGGCGCCAGACGUUCAUCCUGCUGUUUGUAUACAGAUAAAUUGUACGUGCGGGAUAACCAGCACGUCUGCCACAAUCAUUCUCCUCGGACUAUUUGUGGAGCUCGAUCGUUAUCAUGGGAACCUACACUGACGUCCUGCUAGUCACUGCAAAUGUCGGGUCACUUUUUGACAAUCUUGGAGAAAUUGAGAGCGAGUGGCUCCGGGAAUUCUUCACGACGGUCCAGACAUAUCGGCCUCGCUUUGUGGCCCUGCAUUUCCAGGAGGUGGGGGGGAAGGAGUACAUGUCCAACAUGAGCCACACCGAGAAUUUCAUCUGGAAAAUAGAGUCAAGCGAGGAGAUGAGGGACUUUGACAGAGUCUGCAUCUACGUGGACAGUAACUUCAAGGCUGUGGACAGCUUCACGGCCCUUGGAAGCAUGUACUUCAUUCACAAGACCUUGAAGAACAUAUACCAGUAUGAUUUUAAUGCGAAGGAAUUCAAAGCCGUGUCGGGGCACAACAGAUACGUCGGCUCCCUAGAUGGGGUGACGAUGAUAGAGAAAGAAAAAUUCCCCAAGAAUUUCUGGCCAGAUUUCAAGUGGUCCAGGAAAGGAUAUAUGAGGGCGCGGUGGAUCAUCCACAACCAGGGCCUCGACCUGGUCAAUGUCCACCUCUUUCACGACGCCUCCAACCUCAUUGCCUGCAACUCCAGCCCCUCCAUCUACUCGGCCAAUCGCAGCAACGCCCUGCGCUACGUCAUUGACAGAAUAUCCGACAGCAGCUACACGUCUCUCCCCUUCUUCCUCUUUGGGGAUUUUAAUUUCCGGCUGGACACGUUGAGCCUGGUUCAGGCCCUGGCCCGGUCGGCGGAGGUCCAGACAGUGAAGAAGGACAGCAGCAAUGAGGUGGAGAAGAUCAUCUGUGAGGACAAGGACGAUGACCACAGGGUACUGCUCCACAUCGAGACCAAGCAGUUCGCGUACCUGCACCAGGCAGUCUUCAGAGAAGACAACGGUAGAGAGCUUCUGAAGUAUGAUAAGGAGGUGAUGGCAUUCCAUGAUGUCCUCACAGAAGAGGACAUCACCUUCCCGCCCAGUUACCCCUACAGUGAGGACUACACUAAGCCCACGCAGUACAUGAACACGCGAUGUCCCUCCUGGUGUGACCGGAUCCUCAUGUCCCACACGGCCCGCGACAUCAUGCACAGGGAGGACGGCAGUGAGAUGGGCAUCGUCUACAACACUCUCGGGCCCACGGUCUGCAUGGGGGAUCACAAGCCCGUUUUCUUGUUCUUCACACUGAAGACCAGCAGACACUGAAGACUGGCCGGCGGCCCCCCUGCAGGUGACGGGGAUCGGUCAGCCUGACCUGGGCUACAUCCUGGAGGUCAACUUGCCAGCCCCCCGGGACCCCCUCUGCCCACCACCAGGGCAUGUAUGACCAGACCAUUUGCACUGUGUAGCACAAGCAUUACACUGGCUAUGUCCACGUCCCCCCUGUCCCAGCUGACACCUCUCACAGCUGCAGCGCCGGCAUGUCAUUCUUGCUCAGCACGGACACCUGCUGCACUGGUACUGUGACUCCGCCCCCCCCCCCCGCCCACACUGAGUCGUGACCCUCUCCACACCCGGGACUCUCUGAUUCCCACUCCAGCUUCACUUCCGUCAUUUAUGCAGCUCUCAUCAGCGGGGUGUGUUCCUGGGCAGGUGCAUCCCUCAGAGCGCCGGGAACGUUCUGGUAACACGGGUUCCUUGACCGUUCUGCCACCUGCUGCCGUGUCUUGCUGUUUCUGAGAUGCGGUGAUGGAGCCCGACGAUCUAAUAGCCAACGAAAAAAAAGUGAAAGAGCACACAUCAAAAAAACUCAACUUUUAUUGUAUUAAUUUUUUUACAGCAUAUAAUGUGCAAAGGGCAUCGUGUGUGAAACAGUAGCGAUGUUCCUAUGGCCCCCCCACCUGUACUCUGAUCCCUCCCUCUCUGAGGAUUCGCCGCGGUGGGAUCGCUGGCCCUUAACUCCGUAUUCCCCAUCGUCUCGCCUGUGACCUUAAACUGCGAGCCCUUUCUGUACGCUCACUGCUCACUGCGCAUUAUUCCUGUGUUAACUGCAUGUGUAUCAUCACUGUGGGGGGGGGGGGGUGUACUUCAUCUUCAUCAAUAUGCUUAACUUCAAGAACAUUCACCCCCACCCCCUCUGUCUAAGCCGUAACCUGAUGGGACCAGUUGUCUCUGUCAUGGUGAAGGUGUCUCUUUGCCGCCUGAAUCGAUACGGGAUGUUAGAAACGACUGGGGACACAUUUACAACUCCAUCGCCUUUGCCUUGAAUAUUGAAAUCCUGGCCCGACUGUAAAGGAGCACCUUCCGUCUCUGGCUUUGGAGCCAGUGAUUCGGCCCUACAGCAGUGGCCCCUGCAUGCUUACACUCUUCUCUCCUUGCUCCGGCUCAGUCACCUACCCCUCUGCUCUUAUUCAGUCUUACUACCAUAAAGUGCUUCGUUCCAUAAGCUCUCGUCUUGCACUAUCUGAACGAGCGAUGACCGCCGUGCUACAGGAGGACACGGCCAUUUAUUAAGAAGCUCCUCCUUGCAGACCUUAAAGAGCUUCAGUCAUUUUCUGAUUUCAUUUGGUAGAUGCUUCCCUUUCUUGACAGGGUGACGGGCCUGGUUCUCUGGUUCUCUAGUUCUCUGGUUCUCUGGAGCCUGCAGGUAGCUUUUACUCUGGCUGUCUUCGCUCCUGUUUGCCGAUACCAUUUUGCUGAAUUCACUGCCUCGUUUCUGGUGUGAAGAACGUGCAUUUUCUUCAUGGGUGUGGUUUGCAAAGCAUUUCCCUGCCAAGCCAGAAAUGUAUGUUUAACAUUUCCCACACCUAAAUGUAGACUAUAAAUAUUUAAGGUGGCUUAGAUAAAAAAAAUAAAUAAAAAAAUCUAUACACACGAAAGCACAGGUACACACACAUACAAAUGCAUUUUAUCAAGUCACUGGUAUAACCAAGAUUUAUGAUAUUUUAUUGACAAUGAAUUUUACCAUUCCUUAUGUUCUACGAUUUUAAAAAAUUUUUAACAACUCACCUGUACGCACUAAUGGUGUGAUCCUUCAGAGAUCAUGACUCAUCUUAGAAUUAAUAUGAAGCAAAGCUCAGUGAAACCUGUAAAACCUCUUUGUAAAUUUUUUUUUUCCUACAUUAAGUGCUAAGAGAUGGUAAACAUUCAUUCUCGGGCCCGAUUUCCUCCACCUACCGUUGGGUUUUAAUGAGUGGAAGGUGCAGUUGAUGUUUUUUGCUUGAUGCGUUAAUCAGUUGGAUAUGAAUUAAGUGCUGCUGGUAUUUGGAAUAAGAGACUGAUAGGACAAGAAACCGAUGACUUAGUACAGCUAAAAUAUACAUCUAUUACACAGCAUGUAAUAAGGAAUAUGAAAUGUGUUGACAAUCGAUAAUGUGUGUUGUUAGUAUAUGCAGGCUAGUAGCCAUUUGUCAAAUGCGUGUUUGCAAUUGUGUUUAUCUGUAUAUUUUAUAUGUAUACCCCCUGGGAAAUGCUGUAGAGUUCACCAUUAGAAGUGUGAUAUUAUUAAGCAAGAAGUACUGCUGUAGCUGUACAUUUGUUUAAAAAAUAAACACUACAUUUAUGUAAUAACUUAAACGUUUGAACUGUCAUAAACUGCUGUUUGUGAAA